CAGACUGUACGUUAGCAAGGAAGAGGCUGGGUAAUGGCGGUAAAGGAGCCACCCUCGGUCAGCACCAUGGUCUGAUGUAGUGUGGAUGGCUGCUGCAGCCUUCUGAUUAAAGGGGAUUUGCUUCAUCUCGGUGUUUUAUUUUGGUUUAUGAAAUUGUUUUGCAUGUCAAUCAUUUUGCGUCUUGCCAUAGCCUCAUUGUGCACCUCUUUACAACCAUUGUCUCCCUGUGCUCAUUGUGCACCUCUUUGCAUCCAUUUUUUACUUGCUUAGUGUCUCUGUGUAGCCGUUGGAUUUACUUUCCAACACGUAAUGAUAACUUUUUAGAUUUUCCUGCAUGUAACUCUUUUGUGUAGCUUUUCUCCGCAUGCAGCACGCCUUUAUUUUGCAGGUCACUGCCUGUUACUUCCGGUGGUGCCUCGUUUAAAUGCAGUGAACUUGACUGGUGCUCCGGAGGGACAGACGUACGGGCACCGGACAGUACCGGUCCGUGUUGUACGCCAGCGGACGUGAAUGAAGACUGCAGAAUACUCACAGCUCGAUGACCAUGAUGUCAGAGUACCUGGGGCAGAGUGAGGACGUCAGCGUCCUGCCCCCACCUGAGGUGGAGCCCCCAAGGGAGGAGGACGGACACUGCCCCCUGCCGUUCAGGCUGCAGCUGAUCGAGGACCUGUCCUAUGAAGACGUGAAGAAGUGUUACAGAGGAUCGACCGUCAGCAAGUACAACUCUCAGUACCACAAACUGUUCCAGACUGUGCCUAAAGAGGAGAUCCUGAUGAAAGUGUACUCGUGUGCGUUGUUGAGAGACAUCCUGCUGCAGGGACGACUCUACAUCUCCAGACACUGGCUGUGUUUCUACGCAAACCUUUUUGGUAAAGACAUCAAGGUCUGUAUUCCAGUGGUGUCAGUUCGGCUGGUGAAGAAGCACAAGACUGCCGGUCUGGUGCCAAACGGUCUGGCUAUCACCAUGGACACAGGGCAGAAGUACGUCUUUGUGUCCCUGCUGUCCAGAGACAACGUCUACGACGUCCUCAGGAGGAUCUGCACUCACCUGCAGGUGAACGGGAAGAGCCUGAGUCUGAAGCAGUACCUGGAGGAGCCCAGCUCUCUGUCCAUGGACGAGUUUCCUGAGGUGCUGAAGUGGAGGAGGAAGCCGUCGCUCCCAGACGUCUCAUCCUCCCUCCCAGACUUGCUGGGAAACUCCUCGCCAAGCCUCACCGCUGACGCACCUUUUAGCACGCAUGUGCUCACCGACAGUCAUCUGGAGACCGAGAAGAUCCUGUUGACAGAACCAGUACCCGACCUGGAUCAUAUGGAGUACCAGCUACUGAAACUCUUCAUCCUGCUUGUCUUCCUGCUGGUCGUGUCGUCCUGCUAUCUGGCCUUCAGAGUCUGUCGCCUGGAGCAGCAGCUCAGCUUCCUGAGCAGUCAGCCCGCGCCCAGAGAGAGGUGCGGCGAGGUGCCCUGCUGGCUGGCCAAUCACAGAGCAGGAACCUGAUGCUGAAUCCAAUCAGAAGAAGAAAUCUGUACUUACAUAGACUUGCCAUUAGGGGGUGGUGGUAAGAAGACAGAGGACUGUAGCAGCAUCAGCAGCAGCUAACAUCUGACCCUUGUGGCAACUUGGUUACCAUAGCGAUGUCACAGUAGUCCCACAAACAGUAGACUGACCUCUGACCUGUGUGUUGGUGAGGAGAGGCUACAGAAAUGAAAACAUGCUGUAACAUAAGUAGAGCUUCCUUGUGGAGCAGACUGGCGCAGCGAUAUGUGUGCCACCUACUGACCCACUUCAGGCUCCACUAACACACUCUGGCUGUUCAAUAAUCGGCACCUGUGGCAGCAGGUCCAGGAGGAACGCUCGGUUUUCAGACAGUGACCGAGUCGGGAGGAGCUGCAGCUGCAUUCUCUGCUUUUCAUUCUCUACUUUAAUAGUUCUCCAUGUUACUGAACUGACUCUCCAGAUCAUGUAACCACAACAUACACUCAGGUGUCAGUUUGUUAGCAGCACCUGUCUCAGACUAUAUCAGUGCGAUUCAACAGUCCUCCAUGAUUUGUUCACCUCAUUUACAUUGAUUAGGCCAAAUUCCAGCGCAAGCUCUCAGUGGAACACAGUGCAGGUGUGCACAACCUGCAGGCUCCACAGUGACCACACAGGUGAACCAGCACCUUUGUGACAUAGACUGAACAUCAUCACCUUCAUGGAGGAGGAUUCACUGCAGGACUGUUUGUCUCAGACUGACUUAGUCUGAUACAGGGGUUCCUAAAAAACUCAGUGUAUGUCUGCUAGACUGACAGGUGUAAAUACUACAGUACCCAUGAGCCUCGGCCACUGACGCCCCACUGAAACCCUUCACUGCUGAAGCUGUGAACUAACCAGAGACCAAAGUUAAAUUGUAGCCUCUGACGUAUCGUGUGGAGAACUGAAGGCAUGUCUUACUACGGCUGAGUGUUGCUGGCCCAGAGUAAAUGUAUCACUUCCUGUAAACGCGAACCUCAACCUGUCUGGACAUUUGGCAUCAUUUAGUUUUACACAUACAUUUCAGCACCAAGCAUUGACUCUGCUCAUAUGAGGUAAAGAGGAGGAGGUGGUCCAACCUUACCAGAGCUUUACUUGUGUCACGUCCAUCUCCAGCUGUGUCUGUUAAAGACACUGUGAAGUUAAGGUGAGCUCACUUUAUAUUUCAUGCACUCAAUGUUGAGAGGAGAGGGUGGAAGUGGAGCCUGGGAACCAAGUGUACAAGAGAAGUUCCUUGUACACUUGGUACUCUGUGAAUAACGAUUCCAAUUCUGUAGGAAGAGUGGUUAGUGUUUGCAUGGUCGCCUGUUUCUCUUUGGACUCGUGGUGUAGUUCUACCUGUAACAUUGAUAAACGUUUCUGCUCCUGA